AUGGUGAAAGCCAACAUUACAUGGAUGAGUGAUUUUUACCUGACUGAACUGUCUGACCUCCCAGAAGUGGAGAUUUCCCUCUUUGUGAUAGUUCUUCUAAUCUACUUGACCACACUUGCAGGGAAUGGGGCUCUCCUCCUGGCAAUAGGGACCAAUGAUCACCUCCGGACCCCCAUGUACUUCUUCCUCAGCAAUUUGUCUUUCCUAGACAUUCUUUGUCCAACUGUCACUGUGCCAAAGAUGCUCCAAAUUCUCUUGUCAGAGAACAAGAGAAUGUCAUUUGUGGCCUGCAUGCUACAAGUAUUCUUUCUAAUUGAUGUGAUCAGCACUGAAGUUUUCUUGCUAGCAGUAAUGGCCUAUGACCGCUACGUAGCCAUAUGUAGCCCUCUACACUACACAAACAUCAUGAAUAAACGGUUGUGUUCUCAGCUGACUGCUGGGACCUGGUUGUUGGGCUUUCUCAAUUCCAUGGUUCACACCUCAUUGACUUUUUCCUUGUCCUUUUGUGGACAGAAUAAAGUUAACCAAUAUUACUGUGACCUUCAUCCAGUGAUGGCUCUCUCUUGCUCUUCUACCUUUUUUCCUGAGAUGGUUGUUCUCCUUGUGGCCAGUGCCAUAGGAGGUGCUGCUUUCCUAGUUACCCUGAUUUCUUAUAUCUAUAUCAUUUCUGCCAUUUUGCACAUGCACUCUUCAGAGGGCAGGCACAAAGCCUUUUCCACCUGUGGAUCCCACUUGAUUGUAGUUUGCCUGUUCUAUGGAGCUGCCAUCUCCACCUAUGCUCGCCCAGCUUCUACUUAUGCCCACACACAGGUCCGGAUUGUUUCCAUGUUAUAUGGGGUUGUUACUCCCAUGCUAAACCCUAUGAUCUAUAGUCUGAGAAAUAAGGAUGUGAAAAAGGCCUUGGUCAAAACACUGAGCUUGACAGAAUUCUUGUGA